UCUUUCUGGCUGGUGUUACGUGUUGUGACUUCAGACACGUUUCGAUCCCGCGCCGUUUAGCACGUGGAUCGGACUUUUACCAUAGUUUAUUCAUCAUUAUUUGAGGAUAAUAUUUAUACGAACUCGCUUCCAUGUGAGGACGUCAAUAAUAGGAAUAUAGCGGAACAUGGAAAAGAGUUUCGAUCUUACGGGAGACCACGAGAAUGUUUUCGAAGGAGAUCAAAUAGUUCCAGAUUCUUACGUCGUUUCUAAACAAUUGCCUUCUUCCGUUCUGUUUCAGCACACUAAAACACAGUUUAUCGCAGAAGAAAACGAAUUAGAUGCAUAUUUAGGUAAGAACGAUUUUUGCAAUCUUAGUGUACCCGAAGGCUUACAGAAAGCCAGAAGAGAAAGCGCAUCUCAGGUCGACGAAUACUUCGAAGAACAGACAGACUUCGGAACAGACUGUAAAUCGGUUAAUAAAUCUUCCCACGUGAAAAGAAUGCAGACCGAACCAACGAGUACUUAUCCUAUACUCGACGUCAAUCAAGCACCCGUCCAUUUAAAUUGUAUAAAGAAAGAAAUGGACGACACGAGCUGUGCCUUAUACGAUAAAACUACCGAAACAAAACUGAACAGUGAUUACGAAAUUACCAAAACUGCCGGUUGUUCGUAUAAAUAUACCAGUAUGGGUCCGCAAUUUGCCAUAGCUCAUAUAUUGUACAUGCCACCGACGCCUCCAAAUUCAGAACCCGGUAGUCCAGCUACGGAUACUGUGCUCCAUCCCAAUACUCCACCUCCUCUCUACUCCUCCCAAUCCAACGUUGUCAAUCAGAUCAUUUCUACGGGGGCCAACCAACGGAGAAACAAUCCCGAAUUGGAAAAACGAAGAAUUCAUAGAUGUAGUUUCCCCGGUUGUCCUAAAGUGUAUACAAAGAGUUCUCAUUUGAAGGCACAUCAAAGGAUCCACACAGGUGAGAAACCGUAUCACUGUCCGUGGCCCGAAUGCACCUGGAAAUUCGCCAGAUCGGACGAAUUGACCCGUCAUUAUCGCAAACACACGGGAGCUAAACCCUUCAAGUGCAAACUGUGCGAUCGAUCUUUCGCUCGAUCCGAUCAUCUGGCUCUUCAUAACAAGCGCCAUUUACAGAAAGUGAAAUAAAAGAAAGGCUCGGGCAUCGUCCUUUAUUUUUGUACACAUUCCUUUUUAUUUCCUCGUAUAUCGCAUGGGUGAAAAACGAAAAGAAAAUUUAUAUAUUUUGUUAUAAGUGCCACGAAACUAACUCUUUAUUUUUUUGUAAACAGCAAAAAAAAAAAAAAA